CUAUGGCAAGGCCUUCUUGGGGGUGUCUCCAUUCAGUGUGCUCCAGCCAUAGCUGAGUGUCCCCAGGAAUAACUAACAUAUGGACCAGUUGAUACAAAUCAGAGAGGCCAGGCUGGUGAGCCUCAAUGAGGAUUGUACAUUUCAUAGCAAAUUUAUAAGGAUUCUUCUGUAAUUCCGGAAAAUCUUUAUACUGUGCAAUUCAGUGCGAAUCCAAGGAACAAAGGACACACUGAAGUUUUUUGGGGUUUUCUUUAAUACCCACUUUUGGUGGUGUAGGGAGGAUUUUAAACAGUAUUUCAGUAAUUGGUCUUUUUUUAUUUUUUUGGUUGGCUCUUUAGAAAAGAAACAGUUCAGAGAGUGUGUUAGUAGAGGGGUUGGAAACAAAGAGGAAGCAACUGGCAAAAGGGAAGAGGGAACAGAAGGAGGUGCCUGGUAUUCCAUGUUAUUUAGCAGUUGUAUCCUUCUUGAAAAUCAUCCUUCUUGGCGCCUGUUGGAAGCUUCCAUAUACCAGUCAAAGUAAGAAUUCAGUUGUAUGUGCCAAAUAUGGGAUCAUUUCUGUUCUAAUUUACUGCACAGAAAAAUUAAUUCAGAUCAAAAGACCCUCAAAUUGGCCGUUGACUUUCCAGUGUUCUAAAAACAGGCAAAUAAUGGGGGCCAAAGUGUUUGUUCAUAUAAGCAGCUGGAGUGCUCAGAGGUGGCCUUGCAAGUCCCUGGAAGUAGUAUUCCUCAUUUUACUAAAACAGAAAAAUGCACAUGCUAGUAAAACCUAAAUGGUAACUGAAUCCUUUAACGUGCCCUGUGGCCUGAAUGUGCGCUCAAAAGGAGAAAGAAACCGUAAGCUGAAACUUAAUGGCGGAAACUUCUGGCUCUUCCGCAGAUCAGACCAGAGUCUUAUCAGGGAUUUGUCACUAGAUAUAAGCUUCACCAAACCCAAUCUGGCACUGAACUUGUCAAGAUGUUUAGAGCACAAACUGAAAAUGAAUGCAGGAGAGGCCAGGAAUAAACCUCAAAGAACUCAAGAUGCGAGGAAAUGGAGUUUGGUUCAAGAGGUCAUUCACCCAUCUGUGGUCCCCUGAGAUCUGUGGAAGCAGAGAGCUUCAGGGGGCUUGUGGUGGACCACGGCCUGGUUCCUUGAUCCUCUAGGGGGCCACCACCAGCAGUGCACCUUCUAAUCCCCCCUUUGAUAUCAACAGAAUGUCAAAGUGCAAGUAUACGUACUCUGUCAAAAUGAAAGUGAAGAGAUUUAUUGGAAGCUGAGAGACAGUUCGAACCAGGGACACACUGAGCCUCACAAAGUGAAACCCAACGCUCUGGGGAAUUAAAGUGUCCUAGAAAGAAGACAUCACCAUGGCUACAGAAAUUGGUUCUCCUCCUCGUUUUUUCCAUAUGCCAAGGUUCCAACACCAGGCACCUCGACAGCUAUUUUACAAGCGACCGGAUUUUGCACAACAGCAAGCAAUGCAACAGCUUACCUUUGAUGGAAAACGAAUGAGAAAAGCUGUAAACCGAAAAACCAUAGACUACAAUCCAUCUGUAAUUAAAUAUUUGGAGAAUAGAAUAUGGCAAAGAGACCAGAGAGAUAUGCGUGCAAUUCAGCCUGAUGCAGGUUAUUAUAAUGAUCUGGUCCCACCUAUAGGAAUGUUGAAUAAUCCUAUGAAUGCAGUAACAACAAAAUUUGUUAGAACAUCAACAAACAAAGUGAAGUGUCCGGUAUUUGUUGUUAGGUGGACUCCAGAAGGAAGACGGUUGGUAACUGGAGCUUCUAGUGGAGAAUUCACCUUGUGGAAUGGACUUACUUUCAAUUUUGAGACAAUAUUACAGGCUCACGAUAGCCCAGUGAGGGCCAUGACUUGGUCACAUAAUGACAUGUGGAUGUUGACAGCAGAUCAUGGAGGAUAUGUGAAAUACUGGCAGUCGAACAUGAACAACGUCAAGAUGUUCCAGGCACAUAAGGAGGCGAUUAGAGAGGCCAGUUUCUCACCCACGGAUAAUAAAUUUGCUACAUGCUCUGAUGACGGCACUGUUAGAAUCUGGGACUUUCUUCGUUGCCAUGAGGAAAGAAUUCUCCGAGGGCAUGGUGCUGAUGUGAAAUGUGUAGACUGGCAUCCAACUAAAGGGUUAGUUGUUUCAGGAAGUAAAGAUAGUCAACAGCCAAUCAAGUUCUGGGAUCCCAAGACUGGGCAGAGUCUUGCAACACUUCAUGCCCAUAAAAACACAGUAAUGGAAGUGAAAUUGAAUCUCAACGGCAAUUGGCUACUCACAGCGUCACGUGACCAUCUCUGUAAACUUUUUGACAUCCGAAACCUGAAAGAAGAGCUUCAGGUCUUCCGAGGUCAUAAGAAAGAGGCCACAGCUGUGGCCUGGCAUCCUGUUCAUGAAGGACUUUUUGCCAGUGGAGGGUCCGAUGGUUCUUUGUUAUUCUGGCACGUUGGGGUGGAGAAGGAAGUAGGUGGAAUGGAGAUGGCCCAUGAAGGAAUGAUCUGGAGUCUGGCGUGGCAUCCUCUUGGACAUAUUCUCUGCUCAGGCUCAAAUGACCACACUAGCAAAUUUUGGACCCGAAAUCGACCGGGUGAUAAAAUGCGAGAUCGAUAUAAUUUAAAUCUACUACCUGGAAUGUCUGAAGAUGGUGUAGAAUAUGAUGACCUUGAACCUAAUAGCCUGGCAGUAAUUCCAGGGAUGGGAAUACCGGAACAACUAAAAUUAGCCAUGGAACAAGAGCAGAUGGGGAAAGAUGAGUCAAAUGAAAUUGAAAUGACAAUUCCGGGUUUAGAUUGGGGAAUGGAGGAAGUGAUGCAAAAGGAUCAAAAAAAAGUACCUCAGAAGAAAGUUCCAUAUGCAAAACCUAUUCCUGCUCAGUUCCAGCAAGCUUGGAUGCAAAAUAAAGUUCCAAUUCCUGCUCCAAAUGAGGUACUAAAUGACAGAAAAGAGGACAUUAAAUUGGAAGAGAAGAAAAAAACACAAGCAGAAAUCGAGCAAGAAAUGGCCACACUGCAGUAUACUAACCCACAACUCCUAGAGCAACUUAAAAUUGAAAGACUUGCACAGAAACAGGCUGAGCAAAUUCAGCCUCCUCCCUCAUCUGGCACCCCUCUUCUCGGACCCCAGCCAUUUCCAGGACAAGGUCCAAUGUCUCAAAUUCCUCAAGGUUUUCAACAGCCCCAUCCAUCUCAGCAGAUGCCAAUGAACAUGGCUCAGAUGGGGCCACCAGGCCCACAGGGACAGUUUAGACCCCCUGGACCGCAGGGACAAAUGGGACCACAAGGCCCUCCACUGCAUCAGGGAGGUGGGGGGCCCCAAGGAUUCAUGGGACCACAAGGGCCUCAGGGCCCACCCCAGGGAUUGCCCAGGCCUCAGGACAUGCAUGGGCCCCAAGGAAUGCAAAGACAUCCUGGACCUCAUGGCCCUUUGGGACCUCAAGGGCCACCUGGACCACAGGGUAGUUCUGGUCCACAAGGUCAUAUGGGUCCUCAGGGCCCACCUGGCUCACAGGGUCAUAUAGGCCCCCAGGGCCCACCUGGUUCCCAGGGUCAUUUGGGCCCUCAGGGACCACCUGGUCCUCAAGGUAUGCAGGGACCACCUGGUCCCAGAGGGAUGCAAGGACCUCCUCAUCCUCAUGGGAUACAAGGUGGACCAGGGUCUCAAGGGAUCCAGGGUCCUGUGUCUCAGGGACCUCUGAUGGGAUUGAAUCCAAGAGGAAUGCAGGGACCUCCAGGCCCCCGAGAGAAUCAGGGUCCUGCUCCCCAAGGGAUGAUGAUGGGCCACCCGCCUCAAGAGAUGAGAGGACCUCACCCUCCAAGCGGACUGCUGGGACAUGGCCCUCAGGAGAUGAGAGGUCCCCAGGAGAUGCGAGGCAUGCAGGGGCCUCCACCCCAAGGAUCAAUGCUGGGCCCUCCCCAGGAAUUGCGGGGGCCUCCUGGCUCACAAGGUCAGCAGGGGCCGCCCCAGGGCUCCUUGGGGCCUCCACCCCAGGGGGGCAUGCAAGGGCCCCCUGGACCUCAGGGACAGCAGAACCCGACAAGAGGGCCACAUCCACCUCAAGGGCCAAUACCAUUCCAGCAGCAGAAAACAGCUCUGCUAGGUGAUGGGCCCCGGGCCCCCUUCAAUCAGGAAGGACAGAACGCAGGCCCCCCACCCCUGAUACCAGGCCUAGGGCAGCAGGGAGCACAAGGUCGCAUCCCCCCUCUUAAUCCUGGACAAGGACCUGGCCCUAAUAAAGGUGACUCCCGCGGCCCUCCGAACCAUCACAUGGGCCCCAUGGCAGAGAGGCGGCAUGACCAGAGCAGUGGCCCUGACCAUGGUCCGGAGAGGGGGCCUUUCCGGGGCGGCCAGGACUGCAGGGGCCCCCCAGACAGGCGUGGCCCUCACCCUGAGUUCCCUGAUGACUUCAGCAGACCAGAUGACUUCCACCCUGACAAACGCUUUGGCCACCGGUUACGUGAAUUUGAGGGGCGAGGAGGACCUUUACCACAAGAAGAGAAAUGGAGGCGAGGGGGUCCCGGACCUCCUUUUCCUCCUGAUCACAGGGACUUCAGCGAAGGAGAUGGUCGGGGUGCCACUCGAGUACCCCCAGGGGCAUGGGAAGGCCGCCGACCGGGAGAUGAAAGAUUCCCCCGUGAUCCUGAGGACCCGCGUUUUCGAGGGCGCAGAGAAGAAAGCUUCAGAAGAGGAGCCCCCCCAAGACAUGAAGGCCGUGCUCCCCCUAGAGGAAGAGAUGGGUUUCCUGGUCCUGAAGAAUUUGGUCCAGAAGAGAAUUUUGAUGCUUCUGAUGAAGCAGCCCGAGGAAGAGAUCUCAGGGGUCGAGGUCGGGGUACACCACGAGGAGGAAGGAAGGGCUUACUUCCCACUCCUGAUGAGUUCCCUCGCUUUGAAGGAGGACGGAAACCAGACUCCUGGGAUGGAAAUAGAGAGCCAGGCCCAGGUCACGAACAUUUCCGUGAUGCCCCUCGCCCUGAUCAUGCCCCCCAUGAUGGUCAUUCCCCAGCCAGCAGAGAACGGUCCUCUUCUCUCCAAGGCAUGGACAUGGCAUCACUGCCACCCCGAAAGCGCCCCUGGCAUGACGGGCCAGCGACUUCUGAGCACAGAGAAAUGGAAGCCCCUGGGGGGCCUUCGGAAGAUCGAGGUGGCAAAGGCCGAGGGGGCCCAGGACCUUCCCAGAGAGUGCCAAAAUCUGGGCGUCCCAGCUCCUUGGAUGGUGAUCAUCAUGAUGGGUACCACCGAGAUGAACCUUUUGGGGGCCCUCCGGGCAGUGGUACCCCUUCUAGAGGGAGCAGGAGUGGCAGUAACUGGGGUAGAGGGAGUAACAUGAACUCUGGGCCACCAAGGCGAGGCGCUUCAAGGGGUGGUGGAAGAGGCCGGUAGAAGCUGGGACUAGGCACCUUUAGGCCUCUCUGGACAGUAUUUAAGAAUUUCUUAUGGACUCACCAAGAGAAACAACAGGAAGCCUGUACCACGGUAUCCCUGAACUCUUCUGUGGCUACUGAAUCCAGGAGUCCCCAAUGAGGUCCUCAAGAUGAAGAGACUUGUGCUGCUGCUUCCCCGGAAGUAGUAGCUGGCCUUGUUCUGUCCUGUCCACCCCCAUUGCUCUAACCCUGCAUUGUUUUGUGAAGAUAAAGCUGGAAUUCUUUUUUUUUUUUUUUAGUGUCAUGAGACAUGAAGCACCUCCACAAAUUUAGGUUCAUGUCUAAUUGGAAAUUUGUUUCUAUAUGUACAGUUUGUCAGAGAAAAAAAUGUUGUUUUUGUAUGAAUACAGAAUGUGAUUUACGCAAGAAUUAACGGAAAAUAA